AUGACUAAUUUUGGAUCACCUUUCAGAAAUACUGAUUCAGGUAUUGUAAUUAGAGACCCUGAAAAUGAAAAAAGACUUAAAUUAGCUUUCUAGAAUUUCUGGAAGUCCAAACAAGAAGAUAAGGAAUUCUAAGCUCAAAUUAAAACUGCAGUUAGCAAAGAUACAGUUAAUUUUAUGUUUUAUGCUUCUCCUUUGUUCGGUGCCUUGCUUGGUAAGACAUAUAUUGAUAUGUUCUGCAAUCCUAGAUACUUCUAUUUCAGAGCAUUCACUUUAUCCAUGUUCGCUUUAGCUGGUUACUGUGUUGGAAACGGUUUCAGAAACAGAUACGAACACUCUUUAUAUACCAGAAAUUAUCACUUAUUCCCUAAGGAUUUACAAGAUGCCCUUGUUAAUGGCGAUGCUCGUUACUGCAUUUCAUGGUGGAAAUAAUGA